AUGACCACCACAAACCCCACAAGCAGCGGCGAGCGUUUCUCCGCCGCCGCCUAUGAAAAUGACGGUAAACACCACAUUCUCCUGUCCGCAAGCGGCUCCGUAGCGGCGAUAAAGAUCCCCCUGAUUGCCCGAUCCCUUGGUUCGCACCCGAAUGUGUCUAUCCGCAUCGUCCUGACAGAAUCCGCCGAGCAGUUUCUGCAAGGCCAAUCGGCCGAACAACCCCCGCUGCGCUCCCUCCUGGACUGCCCCGGCGUGGACGGCGUCUACCACGAGGAGGAUGAGUGGUCGAAGCCCUGGGUGCGAGGCGACAAGAUCCUACAUAUUGAACUGAGGCGGUGGGCCCACGUGCUGAUCGUGGCGCCCCUUUCGGCCAACACCAUGGCGAAGAUUGUCAACGGCAUCAGCGACGGUCUGCUCCUGAACGUCAUCCGGGCGUGGGACACGACGGGCUUGAUCGAUAUGCGCAAGAAGAGGAUAUUUGUCGCGCCGGCCAUGAACACUGCCAUGUGGCGCCACCCAAUCACGAAGAAGCAUAUUCAAGUGUUACAGGAGGACUGGGGCGCCGAUAAGGACGGGUGGUUCACGAUCCUGCGUCCUACGGAGAAGGAGCUGGCUUGUGGCGACACAGGCGAUGGCGCUAUGAUGGACUGGAAGGAGAUUGUGAGUUACGUCGACGAGCACUUGGGACUUGGUAUCCAGGAUUUUUAUGAGGCCAAUGGUCAGUGA